GCAUUCUUCAUUUACGAUGCUCUAACAAUUAUAGCAUUUGUAUUCAUAUUCUUUCUGGUACCGGAAACAAAAGGGAUGGCAAUUGAAGAAGUGGAACAAUUAUUUAUGACAAAAAAAGAACGGCAACGACGUUCAACGAUUACUGGCGGGGUCAGAGCGAUAUUCGAAGAUACGUGGAGGACAGAUGUUGCUUGCGUCGACAACUGGGCGCACACAAGAUAUAAUUACAAUGAUGACAUUGAUGAUAUUCCGGUGAAAAGCACACAAAUGUGA